AUGGAGGGGAAACGCUGCUUCGCUGACUUCUGGCAUGAUCCAGAUUCACCACCUGAAGACUGCCAUCUAGGACAAACCUACGAGUCCAGCACUGGCUACAGGAAGGUGAUAUCCAACACGUGUGAAGGUGGGGUGAACAAGGAGCAGAGCGCCAAGCAGCACAACUGUCCUCUGCUGCCCCCUAAAGGACUGCAGGUCGGCAUCAAAGGGCAGAUGUUGGCCGUGGCUCCUGGUGAUGACAUCACAUUUAUCGUCCACCAGGAACAGGGAGACACCAGCAGCACCAAAUACCAGGUGGACCUCGGCGACGGGGUCCGGGCGAUCUACCAGAACCUGACAGUGACGGACGAGCCCAUCCAGCAUCGCUACGAACAGCCAGGAGUUUACAAAGUUACAGUGAUGGCUGAGAACAUGGCGGGGCACGACGAGGCCACCAUGUACAUCCAGGUCACAGGUCAGCCUCCCAGACUGUUACAAAUGUUUGACUCUAUUAUGAAACAACUAUGGUCGUAUAACUUCCAGGUCAUCCCUCUGAGCUUCAGCAGGAACCUGGACCGCUUCAACCCAAACAUCCCCGAGUGGAGAGCCGACAUCGGCCAGGUGGUCACCAAACUACUCACAAAGAUCACAGGUGUCCCUCAGGAGUCCCUGGUUACAGUGGUGAAUCCGGGCCUGCCCACCUCAGCCGACCUGUACGUCCUCCCGCAGGACAGCAAACCAGACAAGAGGAACAUGUUUGUAGAUAAGCGUAUCCCAGCCAUCAUGCAGGCCUUUAACAACAACAACGUCAGCUUCGUGGUGCGCGGGGGUCUCAAAGUGCUGGUGAUGCUAGCAGACCCGAACGCAGGCUACCAUGGAGCUGCUGGAGGUCCGGGAGUUUGGGCUGGGGCGGCCAUCUUCCUUAUCAGCCUCAUCGCCACCGGAUCCUUUAUCCUGUACAAGUUUAAAAGGUGA